UUUCUUGAUGCAUCUCUGUGCUACGCGCAUUUGACAGACGUUAAACAAUGUUUUCUUCGGUAGCUUCUUUCUGUCAUCGUUGAUUCGGCAUUUGCCACAUGUAUAUUACAUCAGUGACAAAACUCCCUGAAAUUUAAGUGAAAUCUUCAUCAAAACGGCGAAUCCCUACUAAACAAAAUGGUGUUAUCAUGUCGGUUCUACAAGCAAAAGUAUCCAGAGGUCGAGGAUGUUGUCAUGGUUAAUGUUCGUUCUAUAGCAGAAAUGGGAGCGUAUGUGUAUCUGCUGGAGUAUAACAUCGAAGGGAUGAUACGACUUCCGGAGUUGUCCCGUCGGCGCAUCUGUUCAAUUAAUGAAUUAAUCCGGGUAGGCAAAACCGAACCAGUCGUCGUUAUUCGUGUUGAUAAAUUCAAAGGUUAUAUCGAUUUAUCUAAACGACGUGUUUCACCGGAAGACGUAGAAAAAUGUACCGAACGAUUUGCCAAAGCCAAGGCUGUAAAUUCAAUUUUGCGGCAUGUUGCCGAUAUGAUGAAGUUCAAUAACCAACAGCUCGAGGAAUUGUACGAAAAAACUGCCUGGCACUUCGAGGAAAAGCUUAAAAGUAAAGCCGCUGCGUAUGAUGUGUUUAAGCAGUGUGUAAUUGAUCCUUCUCUACUUGACGAGUGCGGUCUUGAGCCGGAGGUACAGGAGUUACUGUUAAGCAACAUUAAGCGAAAUUGCGGAUAUUGAAUUUAAUCGUAUACACAGGGUUGCAGUUGUGCACUUCGAGUAACCCGAACAAAACUAAAUGAUCGCUGGUGGGCGUUAUGUUUCGUUUUUCGUAUUUUUUUUGGCUUUCCGGUUUAGAUGAGCCAAAGAACAAAUAACAAUGAUAACUUCUUUUGAGCUUAAAGUAAAACUGGCAGUAUGCAACGUGCUCUAAAAUAGCGAAAUCGUUCGAGUCGAGCUGCACAAUGCCACCCCUGAAAUCGCGAAUAUCCUAGAAUCGGUUAGGUUUAACGCAAAACGGACAAAUAUACGUUCACAAAAUCAUAUGUUUACUUAUAUAAGCAUAUGAUUUGUUUGAAAUUUGAAA